AUGUUGAUCUCAAUUGAGACCGCCCCAUUCCUGGCUGUAGGCUUGGUCAUCGCCUACUUCCUUCUGCCCUACCUACAGCGAUCGCGGCUGCGUGAUAUCCCUUCACCCAGUUUCGCUGCAUUCACCAAUCUCUGGCUCUUCCUGCAAACUCGCCAGGGUAAACGCUACCUUUCUGUCGAUCAAGCCCACGCCAAAUACGGAAAGCUGGUCCGCAUCUCGCCAAAUCAAGUCUCCAUCGCAGAUGACGAGGCUAUUGUUGCCGUUUAUGGACACGGAAACGGAUUCCUGAAGGCCGACUUCUAUGACGCUUUCGUCUCUAUCCGCCGCGGUCUCUUCAAUACCCGUGACCGUCACGAGCACACCCGCAAGCGCAAGACUGUCUCGCACACUUUCAGUGCCAAGUCUAUCGGCCAGUUCGAGCAGUAUAUUCACGGCAAUGUCGAGCUUUUCGUUAAGCAAUGGAACAAGAUCUCCGAUCUGCAGGCAAACCCGAAGACCGGCUACGCUUCUCUCGAUGCCCUGAACUGGUUCAACUACCUCGCCUUCGACAUCAUUGGUGACCUCGCCUUCGGAGCCCCAUUCGGUAUGCUGGAGAAGGGUAAGGAUUUCGCCGAAAUGCGCAAGAACCCCAACGAGCCUGCCAAGUACGUCGCUGCUAUCGAGGUUCUGAACCGUCGUGGUGAAGUCUCCGCUACCCUGGGCUGCAUGCCUUCUAUUAUCCCGUUCGCCAAGUACAUUCCCGACAAGUUCUUCAGUGAGGGUCUGGCUGCUGUUGAGAACCUGGCUGGUAUUGCCAUUGCCCGUGUGUCUGAGCGGUUGAAGCCUGAGGCUAUGGCCAACAACACUCGUGUCGAUUUGCUCGCUCGUCUGAUGGAGGGCAAGGAUGAGACUGGCAACAAGCUUGGAAAGGAAGAACUUACUGCCGAGGCACUUACCCAGCUGAUCGCUGGUUCGGAUACCACUUCUAACACUGCCUGUGCCAUUCUCUACUGGUGUCUCCGUACUCCCGGUGUCAUCCCCAAGUUGCAGAAGGCCCUUGACGAAGCCAUCCCCAAGGAUAUCGAUGUCCCCACUUUCGCUAUGGUCAAGGACAUUCCCUAUCUCCAGUGGGUCAUCUGGGAGACCAUGCGUAUCCACAGCACCUCCGCCAUGGGUCUCCCCCGCGAGAUCCCCGCCGGUGCUCCCCACGUCACGAUCUCGGGCCACGUUUUCGGACCUGGCGAUGUCCUCUCCGUUCCCACUUACACUAUCCACCGCUCGAAGGCCAUCUGGGGUCCUGAUGCCGAAGAGUUCGUGCCUGAGCGCUGGAACCCCGAGCGCCUGACCUCGAGACAGAAGGCUGCUUUCAUCCCCUUCAGCCACGGUCCUCGUGCUUGUGUUGGACGUAACAUUGCGGAGAUGGAGCUGCUUGUUAUGGGCGCUACUGUGUUCAGGCAAUUUGAGUUCCAGCUUGAGCAGGAUCACCCCAUGGAGACCCGUGAGGGAUUCUUGCGGAAGCCUUUGGGCCUGCAGGUUGGCAUGCGCCGGAGACGGGUUCAGGGUUGA